AUAGUGCUCUAGACCCGACCGGCCCGCGUAGAGAUCAUCCGGCCCGCGAAAGGCAGAAAUCAUCACAGUUUGAAAUCAUUUCCCAGCCCGAUCGUCAAUGCACGAACAGCCAGCUGAGUGGCUGAGUCAGCGCGAUGGACAAACCGCAGAAAGCGUCAACAAACGCAAACUUCUCGAAAACAACUAGUUUACAAGGUCGAUGUCGAGGUUCCUACCUAAUAAGAAAGUGUUCGAGAAAGGAAUCGCAAGAUAAUAGGCAAGGAGGGCGGUCUGUACCCACAGAGCCCUCGGAGGAUGACGUUCGAAGCCGACUCGGUGCCUAUGAAUUGGAGACGUUGCAUAGAAAGGUAGCUGCUGCGGUAAAUGUGCCAAAGGAACACAAGGUGUACAAGGGUCUUACUCCUCUGGAAUUCGACAAGACCGAACUCCUGAAAGAAGAGCAAAAAUGGGUCGGUUUCAAGAGGCGGCAGCUGCCAAAAAACGUUAAGAAAGAAGUGAAAAAGGACAAAGCGGACCCUGAUCUUUCAAGUUUGGACAAGUUGUCCCUGACGCUGUCAUCCUCCAGGCACGAGAGCACGACCUCGGAGGAAUGUUUGGCCCCUAAAAGAGAGCUUCCGGAGCAGACCUUCACGCUGGAGAAUGCUCCAACCUGUCGCGCCUUCUGCGUGUCUGAAGGUCUUCGAGAACCACGAGUUAAAGGCAGCAAGUUUCCACAAAGGAAGUAGACUUUAUUUUCUAACAGAUCAUAGAAUGCCUCGACACAUAUGACAGGCGAUGCAAAAGCACUUUGCUGGGAAGCAGCAGAUGCAUGCAUAGUAAGUAGUUUUGAUUUACCCACGAUGGACACCAUUCACAUCGAAAUGCCAGUUUGAAAGACCAGCAACAAACACAACAGACGCCGAGACCGCCCCAGCCACCCCCAAAGUCAACAUUCAUAUUAUUUUUCUGUUGCGAGAGUAGCACUUGUUUUAUCUUUGUACAGUGAGGAAUACUGCCUUCAAUAAAUACCUUUAUGUACA